ACUCGAUACUCGAGCGCUUCCAUGUUCUCGCACGAUCGGUUCGCAGCGUUCGAUCGAACGAAACACCAGCAAAUUGACAAGGAGACGAAGGGAAGAUUCGAUGUGGGAUCCACGUCUGGCUACAGAAUUAGAGUGCACCGUUGAAAACACGACAAGGACGAAUAGUAACGAGAACAAGGGUAAAUAGGAGUGGGCUCGAGAAUGGAAAUACGAUUUAGGUUCAGAUUCGAGUUCAAGUUUGGGUUUAGGUUCGAAUUCGGGUUUGGGUUCGAAUUCUGGAUCGAGAUUGACAUUGGAAUCGAACAAAUAAGAUCAAAGUGACAAGCUUGAAUGAGAAAAUCUGGUGCUCGGAGGUCUUUUGGUAACUCACAAUGUAGGACAGAGGCGAUAUAUCGGGGAAACAAAAGUAACGGGUGUUUGCUUUUGUAAUGCCGAAAAGGAAGCAACACGGCGGGAAGCAAGAGAUCGACGCAAGCAGCCACGAUCGUGGUCCAGCAACCGUCGCUUUCGUUGGAUGGAUCGACUGGGGCUACGACGAUUCUCUUACAUCCCGAAGUGGACGUCAGGCGCCGCGAAGAAAAUAUGAGACAAUUGUUGGACGUUGCGAAUACGUUAACGUUACAGGAAAUACACGAUUUCGAAAUGAGAUACGGUAGCCCACACCACAGCAGGUCACAGUCGGUUAAAACUCCGGGCAGCCGUUCAUCGGGCAGACCAAAUUACUUGUGUCUUCCGCAACAGAGAUCGAGAGUCGCGAGCAUGCCGAAUACCGGCGUGGAAGAAGAGUACUACAGGCUAAGACAUUUCAGUAUAACCGGCCAAGGAGUCGUAAACAGAGGAGAUUCUCUGAAGAGUCGGAGAUCCCGGUCCAACAAUAGCGUCGCUUCGAGCAACUCGAGCACGGAACAUCUGACCGCGUCGUACCCUGGUUCGGCGAGGAAUUCGGCGGCAGGAUCAUUAGCGAGUUCACGAGAGAGCAGCGCGUCGCAGGGAUCAACGCCGUAUCGUGUUCUCAUGUUGGGGGCUCCAGCAGUUGGGAAAAGUUCAUUAGUUUCCCAGUUCAUGACUUCCGAAUAUCUUCACGCAUACGAUACCUCGAUUGACGACGAGUCCGGAGAGAAGACUGUCAGCGUGCUCCUAGCUGGAGAGGAAUCCGAAUUGACUUUUAUCGAUCAUACCUGCGCCGAGAUGACGCCGGAAAGUUGCAUCGCAACUUACGAACCGCACGCGUACUGUGUCGUUUAUUCAACAACGGAUCGAGCUUCGGUAUGCGUUGCCGAAGAGGUGUUGCAUACUCUUUGGCGCAGCGACCAUGUCUCCGCGCGAGCGGUAAUCCUUGUUGGAAACAAAGUCGAUCUUGUACGCAGUCGAUUGGUUUCGACCGCAGAAGGCAAGUCUAUGGCUACAUCUUACGAUUGUAAAUUCAUCGAGACAUCCGUUGGGAUUAACCAUAACGUGGACGAACUUCUUGUCGGAUUGCUCACGCAAAUACGGCUAAAGCUCGAGAAUCCUGAAAGGGCGAGAGAUCUUUUCCGAAAGAGAUCACGAAAGAACCGCAGUAAAUCGCCUCUCGGUUCGUGCUCCGAAAACAAUUCUCCGAAAAAAUAUCGCGGUAGUCGUACGAGUACCAGCCUGAAGGUACGAAAUUUGUUGGGUAAAGUAUGGGCGAGAGAUAGCAAGUCCAAGAGCUGCGAGAACUUGCAUGUUCUUUAAUUUCAAUGAUUCGGAUUGAGAAUCU